AUGACACGCAAGAACGCGACCCUCUCGAAGCGCCGCUCCAAAGCGAACCUGACAGUUGCUACCGGGUCAAACGGACGUGCGAAUGGCAAGAUGAAUAACAACAUCGAAAUGCGCAGGAGGGAUACGCCCUCCUCGGAAACCUCAGCCGAAAGAACAGCCCAACUUAUGUCACGAAAUAGCUUCUCCCUCGACAAUGAGCCGAUCGUACCCCAAACCCCAGUCCAGACGAAUACAACUUUCCACAACCUACCACGCAGCGAUCGACGUAACUUCCUGCUGCUGGUCUUGCUAUACUUUCUCCAAGGAAUCCCCAUGGGCCUAGCCACCGGCUCUGUACCCUUCCUGCUCAAGCCGUACCUCUCAUACGGCCAGAUUGGAAUCUUCUCGCUCGCCUCGUACCCAUACUCGCUCAAAUUGUUUUGGAGUCCUAUUGUCGACGCUGUGUGGAGUACGCGCUUUGGUCGGCGCAAGAGCUGGAUUACCCCCGUGCAGGUGAUUGCCGGAUUGGCUAUGAUUUAUAUGGGCGGCCAUAUCGAGGAGAUGAUGGUCCAGGCCGGAGCCGAUGGUGGUGCGGGUGUCUGGAAAUUCACAUACUGGUGGUUUAUGUUGGUGCUUUUCUGCGCCACCCAGGAUAUUGCUGUGGAUGGAUGGGCUAUCACUUUGAUGUCCCCGCCUAACAUCUCCUAUGCUUCAACCGCCCAAACGGUCGGACUGACAGCGGGCCACUUCCUGUCCUACACUGUCUUCUUGGCUUUCAACUCGAAGGACUUUGCCAACAGAUGGUUCCGAACCAUCCCCGGAGAUGGCGGUCUGCUAUCUCUCGGCGCUUAUCUCAACUUCUGGGGCUGGGCUUAUCUGAUCGUGACUUGCGGUUUGGCUUUCCUCAAAAAGGAAGAACGCACCAAGGAACGUGACAGCAUUAUGGAUGUGUAUAAAAGCAUGUGGAGCGUCCUGAAGUUGAAGAACAUCCAAACCAUCAUUGUGAUUCACCUGAUUGCCAAGAUCGGCUUCCAGGCCAAUGACGGAGUCACCAGUCUCAAGCUCCUGGACAAGGGCUUUGGCCAAGACAACAUGGCCCUGGUCGUGUUGAUUGAUUUCCCCUUUGAGAUCAUGCUGGGCUACUAUGCCGGUCAAUGGUCAACCAACUACGGAGCAAUGCGUCUCUGGGGCUGGGCCUUUGUCGGACGACUGGCAGCCGCUGUGCUCGCCCAAUUGACCGUUAUGAUUUACCCCACAGCCCCGGAAGUGCCAAUGUGGUAUAUGCUCACGGUAAUUGGCGAGCAUGUCCUCUCAACCUUUAUGAACACUGUCAUGUUCGUCUCCAUCUCGGCCUUCCACGCCCGCAUCGCCGAUCCAGCCAUUGGCGGGACGUACAUGACUCUCCUUGCAACCGUCUCCAACCUGGGAGGAACAUUCCCCGCAUCUUUGUCCUUAAACUCGUUGACAUGUUCACCCAAGCGACAUGUCUUCCUCCAACCAUCCCCCCCACCUGCCGACUCCCUCAAGGACACCCUCAUCACGACGCCAUUCUCCUGCGCCCUCGAGCCGGAGAAGAACCGCUGCAUCAACGGCGGCGGUACCUGUCACAUCGACCGUGACGGGUACUAUAUGACCAACGUCCUCUGUGUGCUCAUUGGCGCGCUCACAUUCAUUAUGUUUAUCAAGCCGGCUGCGCAGAAGCUACAGGACUUGCCUCUCCGCGCUUGGCGGUUGGCAUCCAACCCCCAGCGGGGUUGA